GUUGGUCACAGGCUGGCAUCUGCGGUACGGUCUUCGUUUCCUUGAGUGUUGGCCCGGGAUAAAAGAAGAUGGUGCUGGAUCUGGAUUUGUUUCGUGUGGAUAAAGGAGGGGACCCAGCCCUCAUCCGAGAGACGCAAGAGAAGCGCUUCAAGGACCCAGGACUAGUAGACCAGCUAGUGAAGGCAGACAGCGAGUGGCGACGAUGCAGAUUUCGGGCAGACAACUUGAACAAGCUGAAGAACCUGUGCAGCAAGACAAUUGGAGAGAAAAUGAAGAAAAAAGAGCCAGUGGGAGAUGAUGAGUCUGUUCCAGAGAAUGCAUUAAAUUUUGAUGACCUCACUGCAGACACUUUAGCUAAACUGAAAGUCUCACAAAUCAAAAAAGUCCGACUCCUCAUCGAUCAAGCCAUCCUGAAGUGUGAUGCUGAGCGGAUAAAGCUGGAAGCAGAGAGGUUUGAGAGCCUCCGAGAGAUUGGGAACCUUCUGCACCCCUCUGUGCCCAUCAGUAACGAUGAGGAUGCAGACAACAAAGUAGAGAGGAUUUGGGGCGAUUGUACGGUCAGGAAGAAGUACUCUCACGUGGACCUGGUGGUGAUGGUAGAUGGCUUUGAAGGCGAAAAGGGGGCUGUGGUGGCUGGGAGUCGAGGGUACUUUCUGAAGGGGGUCCUAGUGUUCCUGGAACAGGCACUCAUCCAGUAUGCCCUUCGUACCUUGGGAAGUCGGGGCUACACUCCCAUCUAUACCCCCUUUUUCAUGAGAAAGGAGGUCAUGCAGGAGGUGGCACAGCUCAGCCAGUUUGAUGAAGAACUUUAUAAGGUGAUUGGCAAAGGCAGUGAGAAGUCUGAUGACAACUCCUACGAUGAGAAAUACCUGAUUGCUACCUCAGAGCAGCCCAUCGCUGCUCUACACCGGGACGAGUGGCUGCGGCCAGAGGAUCUGCCCAUCAAGUAUGCCGGCCUAUCAACCUGCUUUCGCCAGGAGGUGGGCUCUCAUGGCCGUGACACCCGGGGCAUCUUUCGAGUCCAUCAGUUUGAGAAGAUUGAGCAGUUUGUAUACUCAUCGCCCCAUGACAACAAGUCAUGGGAGAUGUUUGAAGAGAUGAUCAGCACUGCAGAGGAGUUCUACCAGUCUUUAGGGAUCCCUUACCACAUUGUGAAUAUCGUCUCAGGUUCUUUGAAUCACGCUGCCAGUAAGAAGCUUGACCUGGAGGCCUGGUUUCCGGGCUCAGGAGCCUUCCGUGAGUUAGUCUCCUGUUCUAAUUGCACGGACUAUCAGGCUCGACGGCUCCGAAUCCGAUACGGGCAGACCAAGAAGAUGAUGGACAAGGUGGAGUUUGUCCACAUGCUCAAUGCUACAAUGUGUGCCACUACUCGUACCAUCUGCGCCAUCCUUGAGAACUACCAGACAGAGAAGGGCAUCACUGUGCCUGAGAAACUGAAGGAGUUCAUGCCGCCAGGACUCCAAGAAAUGAUCCCCUUUGUGAAGCCUGCGCCCAUUGACCAGGAGCCAUCAAAGAAGCAGAAGAAGCAACAUGAGGGCAGCAAAAAGAAAGUGGCAGCAAGAGAUGUCACCCUGGAAAACCGGCUGCAGAACAUGGAGGUUGCCGAUGCCUGAACAGUCCUUCCUCCCAGUUUGCCAGGCUUUUGUUUCUGUCAGCUGGGAUCCCAGACGCUGCCAAAAGCAGGGAGGCCAAGCACCCACUCAUCAGCCUGCCCAUAUCUGACUGCAUAGCUAGAAGGGGCACAGUCUGCCAUGUACAAUGCAGAUGUCCCUGUCUCCUCGCAUGGGCAUAGGAUCAAAUCACUGAUGACUGAUGAAACCAUGUAAUAAAGCAUCUCUGGAGGGCUUAGAACUCUUCCUCAGUCUUCCUGCCAGGCUUGAACUCUG